CAUCUCAUCACACCAUCCCGCAGUCGGCUCCAUCAUAACAGGGUGGCAAUACGGGGACCUCCUGGCUCGUGUCUCGCGCUCGCUACACGACCAGAUCGCAACAACCCUCAAUGAAACUGGAAAUACUACGCAUUCCUUCUUUGGGAGCUCUCUCGACGUCACUAAAUGCGCGUGUGGCUAAGUUUAUUUCUCCUGUCCUCCUGGAUAGGACGUAAGUAGUUGGACUUCGUGUGUGCGGGCGUGUGUGCUUGCGGUGCGUGAGUGUGAGCGCGCUUUCAAGUUGGCAAGGCAGAGAAACUUUUUUGGAGAUACCCGUAUAUUUCUCUAACCCUAAAAGAUCAGUCAGCCGAUUUACUAACACACUGACCUGUCUUCUGUGUGUGGGUUCCACUGACGAUGAGGUAUCUGGAGCUUGUCGUGCUUUCUGCUAUUGCCACACUUGUGGAAUCCGCCUGCUGUGACGUGGAGGCGUGACAUAACAACAUGGCGACUUCCUCCUUUGUAAAACCGCUCAUCCCCCUCCUCAUCUUGCUGUCUAACUGUAGGCCUUUACUGAUCCGAGGCGUGGUCCAGAUGUCCCACGAGAAACGCCUGAUCAGGGACUUGAUCGGGAACUACACGUUACGCGGGAAGAUGGGGAGGCCAGUCCAGGAGCAGAACGACACCAUCACCAUCUACUACGGCAUGUCGCUCAUACAGAUACUGGACCUGGAUGAGAGGAACCAGGUGCUGAGUACCAACGUCUGGGCAACUUAUCACUGGAAGGACAUGUACUUGGCGUGGAACGAGUCAGAAUACGGCAACAUCAGCACAGUCCGUGUGAAGAACGAGGACAUCUGGAAGCCGGACAUCAAACUCUACAACUACGCGGAUGAACGCCUGGAGGAGAAACGAGACGCCCUGUGUGUGCUGUCCAGUGACGGAAGCGUGGUUUGGAUCCCCCAGGCUGUGUUCAAGUCCUCGUGUUCCAUCGACAUCCGACACUUCCCGUUCGACGAGCAGACUUGUGAACUCAAGUUUGGAUCUUGGACCUACGAUGGGUCCAAGUUGGAUCUGCAGUUCCGUUACAAAGAGGUGGCAGGCUUCGAGAUGACCGACUACAUCAAGAGCAACGAGUGGGACAUCGUUGAGUCGAACGCCAGGCGUAACGUUCUCUAUUACGAGUGUUGCCCAGAGCCAUAUGUUGACCUCAUCUUCAAGCUUGUCAUGCGCCGCAAGGUGGCGUUCUACAACUACAUCCUCAUCCUUCCCUGCGUCUUGCUUUCCAGUCUCACCCUCGUCCUUUUCUGGCUGCCGCCGGAGUCUCCUGCUAAGAUGCAGCUUGGGAUGAACAUCUUUGUGGCGUUUUUCGUGUUGCUUUUGCUGUUAGCUGAGUCGACGCCCCCAGCCGCCUCCAGUAUUCCGCUCAUAGGUGCCUAUUAUUGCCUGAACAUGAUCCUCAUCACUCUGUCCACACUUCUGUCUGUGGUCAUUGUGAACCUGUACUUUCACGGACCAGGCACUCGAGUUCCCCGGUUUUUCAAACGGCUGAUGUUAGACUUCUUUGCCCGUGUUUUUUGCAUGAGGAAUACACUGAUGGACAAGAAAGAAAGGCAGGAAAGAAGAAACAGUCUCAUGAUGAGUCGAGCGCCCCCUAGCGGCGAGGGAGGAAACGGUGGCGGGGGGAAUGGUGGCCGUCCGGGGGGAGGGACGACCACCACCGCUUCCUAUACCAAAAACAACAAAGACAAACGCCACGUCGAGUUUAAAUACGAUAGAGUGGGCGUUUUUGAACUUCAACCGGAAGAGAACUGGCGUCCAAUGAGCAACGGGCUCGGAAGCGACACUGACCUUUCAGAGCGCAUCGUGACCUUGCCGUCACAGUAUAACCAAUUAGAAUCCGAGGUGCGGGAGAUUCGGCGACACCUGCGCCAUCUGGUUGAUAAAAACGCGGAGAAAGCGAACAAAGAGUAUCUGGCCCGCGAGUGGAAGCUGGUGGCUCUCGUCCUUGACCGACUCUUCUUCUUCCUGUACCUUCUGGCCUUGCUGGUGUCAGCCUUCACCUUGUUCGAGACAACCGUCUUCCAGUCCGGGAGGAACAAGGAGGGCGAAGAUAGCUCGUGAUAGAAGUCACAGCUGUCUCUGUACGGAAAGUGCAAUAACUUUUGCCACUCAUUCAUUGAGAACGAGUGCUACCUGUUACAAAUUUUUCUUCGAAUAUUUUGUGUAUUUCUGCUCGAUUGUUCUUAUGUGUGUGCGUAUGAGAUUUUGUGUGUUUGUCAAAGUGAGCUUGUACCAUAUAAGCUGUUUUGAACAUAGGCAUGCGUGCGCAUGAUAAUACUUAUGCGAACCAGUCUUUGUGAAUCUGUAUGUUUCAAUCUCUAUUUGUGUACAUGCAUGUGUGUUUGUGCAUGGGGAUACGUGUGGGUGGUUGUUUUAGUGUAUAUGGAUGAGCGCGCGCGCGUUUGUGUGUGUGUGUGUGUGUGUGUGUGUGUGUGUGUGUGUGUGUGUGU